CCAAAUUUCAAUUUGAAAAAUGAAAAAGAAAAAGAAAUUGAAAAGGAAAGUAGAGCCACACCAAACCCGCCAGAAAAUAAUAAGCUUCGAGUUCUUACAGGGUCAAAAUUAGAGUUUCUUCCAUAGCCAAAAUCAUCUCAAGAGAGGGAGAGAGAUUAACAAUUUCAAUCCCAAAUCACAACCCAAGUUGUCGUUUUCCUGCGAUCACCGUAGAAGGCUCUGCAAACGACACCCGUGAGCUUGGUUUUUGGGCCAGGAAGUUUUGAUCCAGAAGAACAAAAUCCAGUCCAGUUUUUGCCACGUCAUCACCUAUUGGGCGGCCCACACCAUACCGCGGGGUCUCACCUAACAUGGUGGAAAUCAAGGGAUCAGAGGAGAUUUCACAUGCCGGCCAUUGCUUAUUACACCAUCAUUUAUAGAUAGGGGGAUAGCUUUCAAGAAGAAUUCUUCCUCCGGGAGAGAUUCUGGAGGAAGAAUUUGAUCCAAUGUCGACGAUUGUGCUUCACAGGCUUGAUUUCUUGUCCCACCCUUAUGGUGGAGUCAAAUCACAGAGAAGAUUUCAAAGAACUCAUGCAGCAUGGACUAUGACAAUGGAUUCGAAAUCUUCUGAAAAGAGUAAAGUAGAAAAAUUUUCGGUACAGCUUCCAUCGAUACCAUUACCUGUUCCUCAGCGUGAAUCAUUGUUAAGAGAGCCUGAUCUGCAAUUUGACCGGCUGCAACCAUCAGAACAGGAUUACCAUGAGAAAAAGUAUGAAUUCGGGCAAUUUAUUGCGCGAGAGGCCAUGCUUGAUGAAGAAUACUGGACGGCAGCAUGGCUUCGUGCAGAAAGUCACUGGGAGGAUCGAUUAAAUGAAAGAUAUGUUGAUAAUCACAAAAGGAAAUUUGCCGAGCAGGAGUUCAAUGCCAUUAAAAAGCGAAGCAAAUUGAUAAAUGGGCAAACAUGUACAUGCAUUGUCACGGUAAAAAAAGAAAAAAAGAAUGUGAAACGUACUGUACUGAAAAGCGUCGUUGGAACUCUUGACUUGAGCAUCCGGUACUUGCUGCAUGGAGAGAUCUUUCCAGGGGAACGAGUGAAAGCUCCACUCUUCUGCAGCAUCAACAGAACAUCCGAAAAUAGAUAUGGUUAUGUUGCAAACUUGUGUGUCGCCAAAUCAGCACGUCGUCAGGGGAUUGCUAGUAAUAUGUUGCAUUUUGCUGUUGAAUCAGCUACAUCAGAUGGUGUUGAACAGGUUUAUGUGCAUGUCCAUAGACACAACAAAGCUGCUCAGGAGCUGUACCAGAAGAUGGGGUUCGAGAUCGUCGAAAUGGCAAGCUCUCAAUUGUUAGAGGAGCAAACGUUCUUGCUUUGUUUGAGGUCGUGAAAUUAAGCCCACUCAGCUUUAAGUUCAUUUCUCGGUAAAGAAACAUAUUAUACAAUACUUGUUUAGAGGUAACCCAUAUUUGGAGGGCCGCAAAUCCUCAUAACACGUUCCUGUAAGAAAGAAAAAGAAAAAGAAAAAGAAAGAUCAUUUUAGAGAUCAUUUUACAUCACGAACCCUGUUCAAGAUACGUUGAACAAUGAUGUUGUACUUGUACAUGGAAUGUUUUGUAUUUCUGCUUCAAAUACAUUUCUGGGAAAAAAAAUGAUAUGAUGAAUGUAAAUAUUAGUAUU